AUGGCUGCUAAGCUGCUGUGUCUCCGAGGUUUGGAUGAAGGGACCAAAUCCUUAGCUAUGGCAGUGCAAGCCAAUCUGCAAGCAAGAGUGGAUGCACAUGUGGCUACCUUGGAAGAGGGCAUGGGCGAAAACAUUACCAACCUUUGGGUGGAUGUGGGUGGUACCAAUGGCUCCGGUGCCUUUGGUGCUUUUCACCUCUUCCGAGUCCCGCGUGGGCUCGAUUUGUGGCGAGUGAGCCUACGCGUCCCGGAUGAAUUCCAAAUACCCGGCAACACGUACUAUGCCUAUGUUAUGCACGAGUCAUCGCCCUGCUUAGCUUCCAUUCUGCGGGAUGGAGGUUGUUUCGAUCCAGUCACGCUUUUGCUCUGCACCCACUCUGCACCAGUUUCAUUCAGACCUCCAGAUGAAAUGGCGUUUCUGAAAAUCUCCAUGAGCAUGAGCUUCUCGAAGUCAGCGACUUUGACGCUUAGCAGGGGCUCAUACCCGCGGCUUCAAUCCGGGCGUUGGCUCCUGUUUGUGACCUGCUACAGUGCCACCCCAAAGCUAACUACCAAGCAAGUCAGAAUAGAUGUGGAGUUCGCUCGUGGCCACGGCCAAAGUCGAAAGCUUUGGCUUGGUGGAGCAAUCAUGGUUCUCGGUCCGAUUCUCGUCUUGUUCUGUACGAAUGCGAUAAACUUUCUUGCUCAUGAGGCACUCUAUCGUAUGCGCUCCGCAGGUUCGCAAUAUUUCUUGUGGCCAGUUUGCAUGUCACUGCCCAACCAGACGCACAUGGAUGCAAUACUCCGCGAGAAGAUGAAGUACAUCCUUCGCCCAGUGCCAUUUUUUCCAGGCCUCUUAGCCCUGAUGAUAGGCGUAUUCCUAGCUACCGCUGCUCAGUUCGUUCUUGCUCAUUAUGGACUAAUGGUGCGCACCGGAAACCGGGACAUAUGCUUUUACAACGAGAAGUGUUUCUUUCCUGGAUUGAUUUGGGACGUGCCGUGGAACCACAUGCUGUCAAACCUUGCCUACUUUGUGGCUGCGGCACACACCAUGAUGCAGGCCUUCCUCGCGGAAGUCCGCUGUCGUCAGUUUUUGCACCAGACUAUGAGUGAACUUUUCAACGAACUGUUCACAAAGUUGAACAUUGAGCCCGAACAACGCUUGGCAAAGAAGCAAUGGGAGACAGUCUUUCAAGAAGUCCACAAAAGGGAUGAUGAACACGUCUCCAGGCGUGAUUGGUUUAAACACUACGGAAACUUUCUUGCGUUUGACUUCAUUGACACGGUUGAGGAUGGGCUCUUGUCUCGUAAAGAGUGGUCGGACGCGUUCGAUAGGCUGAACAAGGCGCGUGAUGGAUACCUAGCAGAAGACGAAUUUCGGCGGGCGGCAAGUGAGAUUGACCUUCGAGCUUUUUAUGCCUUGGCCCUUACGUAUGCUGCGGAGGGCAUCGGAAGCAUGUGUUACCAUCUUUGCCCCUCUGUUGAGACGUUUCAGUUUGACACCUGCUUCAUGAUCCCGAUAGCAAACUUGCUGACCAUCACGCUUGUUGACUGGAGCGAAACUUAUGAAGACACAACUACCGCCCUGAGAUAUUUUAUCUAUAUUCUCACCCCUGUUUGGGUCAUAACCUUCAUUGGCACCUGGUAUGACAUAGACGUCUUCGACUGCCCGCUGCUGUACUGGAUAUAUGCCGUCUCAGUGGUCGUCUGGACAGUGGCGGCCGUGGUUAACAUGCACCGCCUCUUCAAGACGCCAAAGUGGCUGGUAGAUAGAGUUCCCACCAUACAACCCAUGGGGAAGUAUGGCAAAUGCGCCAUGAGGGCCAUGCAGGUUCUUCUUGUCGUGGUGGUAGGGUUGGCAUUCGCUGAACCGACUGUGCGUCGAGCCCUGGGAGGGACAGCUAACACUUUCCUGCUACUCUCCAUCGUCCUGAUGAUCGUCGUGGUGAGCCGGCAGAUCUUCUGGCUGGACCUGUGGUUCAUGAACUGCGAGGAGAUUGGCACUCGUAUCAUCAAGUACAACUACCUUAUCGUCAUGGUUUGCGCAGCCGUGCUGGCAAACCACUGCUUCAAUCAGAAGGUUGUCAUUGUGACCCCGGAUGCGACGCCUGCUCAAAGCCACGAUGCUAACCAAGACUGCGUGAUCCACAUAUUUGACUUGCAUGACUGGUGGCAUUUUCUCUCGGCAAUAGCACUCGCCCUUUUUGCCAUGCUGCUUUUGGACAUUCGCGUGCACUCGUGGGCUCGAAAGUCUGGAAUCCAAAUCAUUUUCGAGGAGCCAACACAGCACUGGUGCGACGUACCAGUUUCCUCUGAGGAAGAUUUCCCGAGCGAGGCCUCUUUGCAAAGCGAUAGUGACUCAAAUUGA